AUGGUUUUCAUAUACACGUACCGCAAAAUCAGAGCCUACCGCGCUCGCAAAGCGCUAGAAGCUGAAUCUCAAAAUCAAACAACAUUAACACCAGGCCCAACCUCAUUACCCGCAGCAACCAACUCAAAGUCUCCAGCCUAUACUCACGAGAAGACAAAACCGUGCCCACAAUGUGGUCAAGAAAAGAGCAAAGCCCGCAAAUACAGAUGGAAACUCCUUUUCUGCCUGCUACCAGCAUUCUUCGUUGCCUGCCUUGACUUGACCAUUGUUGCGACGGCGCUACCGCAGAUCGCUUCUCAUUUCGACAAAUUCAACCAGCUAAAUUGGAUUGUCACCGCAUUCACCCUAACAUCCACAGCGUUUAUUCCUGUCUUUGGCCAACUAGCAGAUACAUUUGGGCGUCAUGCGACGCUGCAAUGCGCCGUGAUUAUCUUAACCAUUGGCAGCGUUCUUUGUGCUGCUGCUCCGGACUGGGCCGUCCUUCUCCUCGGUCGUGCACUGCAAGGCAUGGGUACUGCGGGAGUCGGGAAUGUCAGUAUGAUUGUUCUAGCGGAUUCGGUGUCCCUAAGAGAACAAGCUAUCAACACAAGUAUCUUCCAAUUGUUGAAUGGAGUUGGCUACAGUGUUGGACCAGUCAUAGGCGGGUAUCUCACAAACGCAAGCUGGCGGUACUGCUUUGUUCUCUGCGCUGGACUCUCCGUGAUAAGCAUCUUCACCAUGUUUCUUCUGAGAAGCGACCUCAAGGCGGGCAAGGUCUCAGUCUCACAUCCUCCACCAAACACCAGCUGUCUGCAAGCGAUAGCGGGCGGUCUUUCAACACUCGACUUCGGCGGCAUCGUCCUCUUCAUCUUCGGAGUUGGCCUCAUCAUCUUGGGAACAGCCUGGGGUGGUUCAACAUACCCGUGGUCGUCCUCGGCCGUUCUCGCCCCGAUAAUCAUCGGCGCCAUCCUAGUCCUUCUCUUCCUGCUUUACGAGGCGCUCCUGUCUUCUCCAAACAGCUUUCUCUCGCGCCACUUGCCACGAAACACAGUGCCCAUGCUCCCAUCCUCGAUCCUCUCCUCCAAAGACGUCACUUUAAUCUGCUUCAUCGCAGCCGGUACCGGCGCCGCUCUCUAUAGCGUCUUCUACUUCAUCGGCAUCUAUUUCACCUUAGUCGAAGGGUUCGAGGCUUCCCACGCCGGCACCCAACUCUUGUACUACGUUCCGGGGAUCGGAGUCGGAGUGUACGUGGCAAUGUUCAUCUGCAACGUAUACCCGCGGCAGACUUUCCCGCCGCUCCUGCUAGGCACCAUCAUCGAAAAUGCCGGGAUCGCAGCGCUCGCCUAUGCGGUGAAGGUGAAAGAUGAGACGUUGGUCAAUGUCAUGAUGGCGAUCGCCGGCGCGGGCACAGGCAUGCGCUUCAUGCCCUCAAACCUGCACCUGGCGGGCAUGUUCCGCGACAGGUUGGCUCCGGUAUACUCGAUGUUGAGGUUCGCACUGCCGUUUGGCGGGACCCUCGCGCUCACGGUAAUGGGCUCCGUGUUCCAGAAUCAAAUGAGCGAGUACUUUGGCUCCAGCGCGGUCAAUCCUAGCACCAACAACGACACCACCAAUGGAACGUCCUCGGUGGGAUUCAGCCUGCACAACCAAGCUUCCCUCGACCUGAUCAACGACCUACCCCCAGCCGAACAGAAAGCGAUCCGCUCCCAAGGCGCCACUGCGACAAUGUGGGCGUUCAUUUCCAUCCUGCCGAUCCUAGGUCUAAGUCUACUUGCCAGUCUACUCCUAGGCAACGUGUGGAUUUCGAAGAAGCAUGACAAAAAGACAACGACCACCAAGAACACAACAAGCGAGAAGACAACAACAGCGCUGUCGAGUCAUGGUAGUAGUCCCAUUGGCGACGCGGAAAAGGCAGAUGGUGUCUUUGAGCGUGCUGAAAACGGAGCCGAAGACGGCCUGUGUCGCAGGCACGCUGCCACGCCGAAUGGAUCUUCUGCCGAUGUAAGGGCCCAGGAGCAGAGAAACGAAGUCGAGUUCAUCAGCGAGGUGCUCUUGCUCGCGCUGGCAAGGGGCGACGUGCGCAGAUUGAAGAGGAAAGGCGUCUCGGAGGAGCAGGAGGACGCAAGGCCAUCGUCGACCACCACUCGUAUUACUUCACAAUCAACCCUGAGGAAGAGAAGCGACGACACAGCUGCAAACGAAGCAGAUCUCGGAGGGAGGCAAAAUAAAUGA